AUGGACCGACGGUACGUACAUGGAAAAUAUAUUAAUAGUACAGGUAAUUUAAGACAUAUAAAUAAAAAAAAUAAUUAUUUUUACACGAAAAAAUGGCUGAAGUAUUUAGCCUUUUGUCGCCCGUAAUAAUAUAUAAAUUUAGAUUCCGAGAGUAGCGAUGGAGCUAUUUGUUUUACAAUGCUGUUUUUUUUUUUUUAUUUGUUUUUGUCUGUGGACACGUCUUUUCCUAGUAAAAUUACUCCGAUGUAUGAGUGUAGCACUUUUUAUGAAAGGUCAAGUUGUCUAGACUGUACUUUAGAGGCUUGAUUUUCGACGGCAUAUUUUAAAUAAAAGCACUUAAGUAGGAAAAAACGUAGGAAAUCGUAAAAUUUCACGAUUUCAUUAUUUUAUAAAAACACAGACGACGUUUUCUACCAGAAAAAAUGGUUUAAUCGAAAAAUCACAGGACACUUUUUUUGUAGCUUUUUAUUUAAUUUUUUACAGUAUCAUCGUCAAAUCUUUUGAGCUUUUAAAGAAUUUAAAUUUUUGGGAGGUUUUUUACUGUAAUUUGGUUAUAAAUACGUGUAGAGAUUUGAAACUUGGUAAUAAUACUUAUAUUGGAUAUACCUAGACGUGGUUAAAUCAUCGGACGUUUUUUUUUUUUUAUAAGCGUUUUGAAAUCAAGUUUAAACGAAAAUCGCAAAAAAAAAUAAUGGCACUUCAAAUUAUGUGUUACCGAACUGCGUUCGGAAUCGUCUUUUGUCAAGCAAUGAUUUAUCGUUGAUUACAGAUAUAAAUUAAACAACCUUAUGUGUCCUACCUUCCCAAUUUCUCACCUAAAACAUAGGCCGCUCCCAUCCUCAGUAUUAGCUCUUUUAAAAUAAUAUUUAUGUAUAUUUAUAUUCUAUUUAUAUGAAAUAACAUGUCCUGACUGAUUCAUCAACGCCCAGCUCAAAUCACUGGACGGAUCGGGCUGAAAUUUGGCAUACAGAUAGCUAUUAUGACGCAGUCGUCCGCUAAAAAAGGACUUUCGAAAAUUCAACUCCUAAGGAUGUAAAGUAGAGGUUUUUAGGUAUAUUUAGUACGAACAUCUAAUUACUUAUUUAUUUAUUUUUGUUUAUUCAAGGGUUGCCACGGAAAAGGAAACUAUUAUAAUUAUUAUUAAUACUAUUAUUUACACUUUUCAAAUUUUACAAUAGGAAACAUUUAGUCCACUGAAGGUGAGACCAUCUACCCACUUUCUACAUAUUUGUUUUCAUUCAAUUCUGACACGACCAAAACCAAAAAUGAAUAUGGGUAAAAUAAUAAUAAUUAAAAUUGGUGUGGGCAACACCGGGCGUGGUACAGCUAUUAUAUAUACACAUAUGUUUAAAAACACAUGCAUAAAACGAAUUGAAAAUUAAAUCUUAAUGGAAAAUGCGAAUAAAAAUGAUUAUACAUUUAAGAUUGGGAUGCUAUUUUAUAUAUAGACGGUGGCAUAAAAUGGUGGAGGCAGAGACACAUUUUGGCGGCGGGAUUUUGUCCUAGAUUCUAUGGUAGAACACCUUUUAUAAAUUAAUUUGUGGGAACCAUGUAAAUAGCCUUACAAUGAUCUAAUCAAUACCGCUGUAAACUAAUUGAGUCCCAAUAACUGGACGGAAAAAAAAAAAAUAUACUAAUUGAGCAUCGAGUAUAAACGAAAAAUAUACUUGUCCGUGGUUAAGAAACCAAAAAUAUACUAAUUGAGCCCGAGGAUUAUUUUGAGCAAAAUAUAAAAUCAACAAUAAUAUAUGAAUGGUGACGACUACAUGAUAUCGUUCAUAUCAUCUUAGGAAUUUCGUCAAAUAAUAAUAAUAAUAAUAACAGUUUUAACACAUAUAUUUAAUUAUACACAAGUAACAUUUAAAUUAUUCAAAUUAUAAUGAAUUUUUACCAAUUUAAAAAUGUAAUGUUGAUGUUUUUUUUUAAAGUUUGACGGGACUCAGUAUUAAAAUAUGGACUCAAUUAGUAUAUGCCUAAAAACAACCCCAGGACUCAAUUCUUCAUAAAAAGUUUUAUUGGAACUCAGUUCGUAUGUAGCCAUUAAUACACCAUUGAGGAAUUAAUAUUUUAAUUUUCCUUGUUGUUUCAAUUAUACUUGGAAAAACCGACAUAUUUACAGUAUUAAAAGUUUUAUUAUUUUUAUUAUAUUUGUUUUUUCACUAAAAAUAUUGUACCAAAAUUCAAGUUUAGCAUUUUUUUAGAAAGAAAAUUUUGUCUAGUUGGUGUGCAAGAAAGUAAUUUUAGUACGAUAAACCGGUAAAAUCUACGAUAAUAACAGCUUCAUAAUUUCCGGAUUUAUUAGUUUGUUAUAAUUCAGUUAAAAAUAAUUGUAGGUACAAAUUUACUUUAAAAACUUGUAUAAGCCUUUUCUAAACGUAGUCAAAUUUUCAAAAUAUUCUGGGGAUUUUUGAGCUAUUUAUAGACAUUUGAAAUUUUCGAAUAUUUUUAAUUUUAUUUGGUUUUAUGUGAAUAAAUUGUUUGAUCAAACAGAAAUCCUUGAAAAUUCAAUACGAGAUUAAUUAUAUGUUACACUUAGUUGCAAAACAAAUAAAAUAUAUGUAAUUUAGUAGUUUUUAAAAGCUGUUUAGUUCAAAUUUUAUCGAAAAUCUUGUAUUUACGAUAUUUUAAUAUAUGUUUCGCUCAGAAUCUUAUUUUGUCACUUGUCAGUGACAAUUAAUCUCUUUGUAUAGAUAUAGAUUAAAUAACUUUAUAUAUACUAAGUUUAGAAAGAAUCCUUAUUUUUAUGCUUCCAUCAAACUUCCCCAUCCGUCCGUUUCUUUCUCAUAUCUGUCGUCCUUAAUCACUCUAUCCAUCCAUUGUUGAUGGGUGCAUCUUUUGAACCCGUUUCGGUUGUACGUUCUUAGUCAGAACGUUUAAAAUAAGGCUUUCAUAAGAUCUUUGUCGUAACUUUUUCAUUUCAAUCCCUUUGCCUUAAAAUACUUUUAAAUGUUUAGUUUGUUUUUCAGUGUUUUUCGUUAAAAAAUUACCAUUUUUUUUUUAUCCCCUUGGAUGGUGGACCAAGUUUUGCAUGCAUAUGUACAUUGCUACUGGGUUAAAAUUAAUGUAACCAUGAUUUAAAAACAAUUGUAACAAUGAUUUUAAAAUUACUGCCCUAGGCUUCAGCCUACUUAGCUGAAUUAAUUCGAUACUGUGUUUAAUAUCGAACAGUAUACCUAAAAAAAUAAGCCAAUUGUGUUUCCUUUUUAGCACGGAAAACGCAAUUUGUUCCCCAAAGUUUAACGAACAACUCCGACAUCGGUCAACACGAAAUUACCAGCCAACAACAACUAUAUACCGUACAAAACUACAUUGCUAGCCUUACAAUUCGAACUCUGCGAAACCACACAAUCGAAAAACGAGCCACCAAACAAGGCAAUUUAAAAGGAGAUUUGUUUUAUGUUGAUCCUAAGAGCUUGAAAUUCGACUAUUGGAAUAUGUAAGAAACUAAGAUCACAGAUAUUUUAGGUUAACACUUGAAUAAUUCUUUUUAUUACAUUAUUUAACAUUUCAUUUAUAAGUAGUUAACAAUUAUGUCUUAUAAUAACAAAAGUAGUUAUGAAGCAAAUUCAUAUUAUUUAUGGGAAAUUUAUAAAGCGUAGAUUCUUAAAAAUUUUACAUACAUUUCUAAAAUGAUGUAUCUGUCUCUAUAACCCAUAUAAGUAUGUAUAUGUAUAUAUGCAGUGUAUAUUUAUCUACAAAUUAUAACUUUUUUGUAGAAAACUUGGACAAAAUGCACCGGUAAAUAUUGAAUUUGGAAAUGAGAAAAAAAUUAACAAACAUUGGAUUCCAGGGAGACCUUUAAAACUAUUGACACACGGAUAUGUUAGGUCAAUUAAUAACAUUGAAACCACAAAAAUAAAAUCAGGUAUUUCUAAAUUCAAUUUAAGGAAAUUAUAAUAAAAUUUCUAAAAUAAUGUAUGUUAUUUUUAUAUUGUUUACAAAGCAAUUUUUAAUACUUUUAGUUACAGGCAGUAAUGGAUCCAGGGGGGAGGGAUGAUCGAAGCGAACGCACCCUUCAUUUUCUCUUUAAUAUACAUUUUAAAGACCCCCUCCCUGGUCACUGAGGAUGUAAUAAUACAUUAAAAAUGUAUCAUUUAUUAUUUAUUAUAGUUAUCCAAAUUCUCAGGUUAUAUUGCCACUGGAAAUUAUAACAUCAUUACACUAGACUGGAGUGAAGUGUCAAAAGAUAUUUCAUACUUUAUUCCGGCUUACUUGACUGUUCGCGUGGGUUCAAUAGUUGCUCAAUUUCUGGAAAAUAUUGUUACCCUUGGACUAAUCGAACCGUCUGAUAUACACCUUAUCGGUCAUAGUCUCGGUGCACAUCUUUUUGGAGCUACAGGUGGCGCCUUCACUCUAGGAAAAAUUGGCAGAAUUACAGGUGAUAUAUACAUACAUAGUUUUUCACGAAGGUAUAUCUAUUGUAAUAUCUCCAGAAAUAAUGAAGAUAAUCAUGUUAUGUAUUUUUUUUUAUAUUACUUACAAGGAUAACGAUUAUAAAUAUUUAUAUUUCAGUUAAUUUUUUAUCAUUCGGAAAAAACUUAAAAAAUAGCUUUUUAUUUUAACAUUUUUAAAAAAUUUAAAGAUAGACAUUUUAUAGAGUUUAUUCUUCUAAACAUUUUAAAGUAUACAUUUUUUGUUUUCAUUAAAUUCCUGGUUUUUAAUAAUUUUUUAAAGUUCUGAGAACAAAAGUGUAAAGUUAAUUAGUCAUAAUAAUAAUAAUAAUCAAUUAGCGAAUGCAAUUAUAACUUGCUACAUAAUUAUAAGUACUUUUCUCUGAACUUAAAAAAAUUAUUAAAAAUCACGAAUUUCAUGAAAAUAAAAAAUGAAACAUCAAACUUUGUCAAAUUUUUCAUAAAAACAAAAAGUUAUUUGUUUAGUUUUUUCAUCAAUAAAUAACAAAUUAAUUCUCAUAUAAAUAUCUGUAGUCAUUAUGUCUGCGUGUAAUAUAAAAAAAAAGCAGAAUUUGAUUAUCCUUCUUAUCUGCAGAAAUAUUACAGUGGGUUGGCAUAUCUUCGUAGGAUACUCUGUAUAAAUCCACUAUCGUGAUACGACACUAGAGUUCAAGAUAUAAUUAGUUCUUAUGGAUAUCAUACAGGUUUGGACCCGGCUGGAAUUGGAUUUGAAACGUUUUUUAUAGUAGAAACUCGUCAUUUGAACGUUGCUGACGCACAGUUUGUUGACGUGAUUCAUACGUCGGUGGGGUCAAUUUUCGGUUUUGCUAAACCCAUGGGACACGUUGAUUUUUAUGCAAACCUGGGUCUAGUCCCUCAACCGCAAUGCGAAGUUAAGGUGACAUUUCUGCCAUUUCUACCGUUCGCGAUGUUAAGCCAAAGUACGUUAUACUUACCCCUAUACCAAUCUAAUUACUGUGCGAUUUUCUAUUUCUUAUUAUUUACUAUACAACAAAAACGAGGAGAGGGGUGGGUAAAAUCGAAAUCAAACUGUUUUCGGUGGGCAACAGUUUAUGUAUUUGAUUAGACUUCCUAAGUGUAAUGAAAGCUAUCUGUUUACAGGCAUCUGUAGCCAUUUUAGGGCAUGCCAAUACUAUGCAGAUUCUAUUUAUAACGGGAAAUCUUUUAUGGCCGUUCAGUGUUUUUCAGCCAAAGAAUAUAUGAAUGGCCGGUGUGAAAAUAACCCCAUUAAUUUCAUGGGAAAUGAUGUGGAUUUUGGGUAAGAUCACUUUUUUAUAAUAUAGUUUUCCCCAUACUUGUAUUAUGUUUUUAACUUAACUACUAAUUAAUUAUCAGGGACAGAUCCAGGGAGUGCUAGAGGCAUAGCCCCCCAGAUAUGUUAUUUCUCUGAUUUUUGUAUGAUAAUUAUAUGAGAAAAUAAUAUACAUAAUAUAUUAUAUUAUAUUUUAAUUGUAUUUGUGUUGUAAAAAAAUAGUUGCCCCCCCAGAUCUUUGUUCUGGAUCCGUGCUUGUUAACUAUAUAAUUUAAUUAACUAUAAUCAACUUCCUAAAUAAUUAGUUUUGAAUAUUAUAAUAUUAAAAAUACCCGUAAGUAACAAGGCUUUGUCACUAGAAUUCAGUGGUGUUAAAUCCAGACAUUUUUUCGAGAGGGGGUGGCAUUACUAAAUUAUAGUAAUGAUCUUUCAUUUUUUUGCUUAUUUACCCUCUUACUAAGACCAGUCAAAUAUGUUUAACCAUUAAUUUAUCCACAUUUAACAGAGGCAAACAAAAUUACAGGGGGCUAUUGCCCCCCUAACACAUACCAGGAUUCAACAUUGUUAGAAUCAAAUUCCCCUCUGCAGACUUGUUGGCGUUAAUUUAAUUCAUUGGUUUGUUCAUAAUAAUUAACUAUUGAUAUUAAAUAGUUUCUGUUAUUAGAGUUAUUCACUGGUAUUCAUAACAUUAUAUUAUAUACCUACUUCAUUAAAUUAAAUGUUAUAUUUAUGUAUCAUUUGUAUUUACUAGAGACCCAUUAACCACGUUUACCCACUUCUCCUGUGCUCUAUUACCCACAGUUUAUUACUCCUCCAUUAUUUUAGACAUAAAAUAUGUCAUACAAUCUUCCAGAUAUGAAAAAAAAAAAAAAUACUAACAUAUAUCACAAGAUAGGUAGAUGACAGUAUUUAUAGGUACUGUAGGUGAGAAAUUGAGAAGGUAGAGGGGAAAUUUAAUGUAUACCUGUACGCAACAAAAAACCAUUAGUAACGAAAAAUAAUCUUGAGCGAAGUUCGGUUAAUAGUGUUGUUUUUUUAACAAUAUAUACCAGGUUAGGUUACUUUAUAAAAACACAAACGUUUUCUACCAAAAAAAAAUGAUUUAAUCAAAAAAUUACAGGACACCUUUUUUGUUGCCUUUUGAUUUAAUUUCUUACGGUAUCAUCGCCAAAACUUGCGUCACUUUUGAGUUUUUAAGGAAUUUUAAUUUUUGGGAGUUUUUUACUGUGAUUCGGUUAUAAAUACAUAUAGAGUCUUGAAACUUGGUAACAAUAAUUAUAAUGGAUAAAUCUAGACGUGGUAAAAUCAUCGAACGAUUUUUUUUUUUUUAUAAGAGUUUUGAAAUAAAUUUAAACGAGAAUCGUAAAAAAAAUUACGGCACUUCAUAUUAUGUAUUACCGAACUGCGCUCAGAAUUGUCUUUCGUCAAGCAAUGGUAUAUCGUUGCUUACAGAUGAAAUAACCUUAUGUAUCAUACCUUCCCAACUUCUCACCUACAAUAGAGGCAGCUUCCAUCCCCAGUAUCAGCUCUUUUUUUAAAGUUUAUCUUUCUAGAAUAAAAAAUUUCCUAGAUUGGUACUUUAAGUAGGUCAUUUUUCGAUUUUCCCAAGAGAUUUUCCAGCAAAUGUAAAAAACCGAGAAAAAACACGGGAAAAACGAAAAAAAUCGGUACAAUAUUAAACAAAUAUUAUUAAUUAAAAUAUAGAAUGCCUAUUUAAUUAUUUUACCAUAAUAUGACAUCAUAUAUAUUGUUGAUAAUAUAUCACUAUGUACUGAACUCCGCUCAGAAUCGUUCUUUCGUUAGCAAUGGUUGAUCGUUGCAAAUAUACUGUGAUUUAUUUAAGUGGGUACACUCAUUAUCUCGGAAAGUGGUAACUUUUUCUGGAAUUUGUUUUCUAAAACAUUUAAGAAACAAACUGCUCUACAAUUUUAUAUUUAUGCUAUUUUUUAUCACCCUAAUUUUUUGGAUAAAUCUACUACCUACUUUAGAUUUUCAAAUGGGUAUUAUAUUGAAAAUUCCAUAAAUAGAUGGAGUAAUAGUUGAAAUACAUACGUACAUUUCCCCAGCACUCCUACAUACGAUUUUCGCAAAUUUGUUUUUGCUAACAUUUAGUAUACAAUUUGUAUGACUUUGCAUGACUAUUUUCCGAAUUUUUAAACCUUUAGUUUUUGCUCCAAAAACAAAAAUUGGAGCGAUGCUGGAGAAACAUUUCUCAACAGAUUCUCUUACAAAUUCGGAAAAUAGUCAUAGGAAUUCAUAUGAAUUGUAUACUUAAUAUUAGCAAUAAACAAUUUCGAAAAUCGUAUGAAGGGGUGCUGGGGAAAUGUACGUGAAAUAAAUUUUAGUGUUAAAAUUUUUGAUUUCAUCAAACCGUUGUUGACGAGUUAUUUCACUUUUAAGUUUGGGUUGGAGGAGAGUAGUGGUGCAUUAGCGGUUUUUCUCAUUUAUUAUAAAACAGUUGGAAAAAUCAAAAAAUGACCACUUUAAAGUACUACCCCAGUCAGAUUUCCUUUCAGAAAUUGUGCCAUAAUUUGAAAAUUGGAGCAAAAUUGCUGCUUAGAAAAAUUCUUCACAGAUAAAAAAAAAAUAACCAUCAUUGUAAAACUAAUAUAUUCCUUACUUCGCUCAGAAUCUUUUAUCAAUAUAGGUAAAAUGGUUUUUGAGAAUUUAACUAAUAUACAAACCAUCGAGACAGGAAAUUUGAGCAUAAAAAUGGUUGAAGAGUGUGGUUCAAAGUUGAAGCUUCUUUAGGCACAUUACUGAUACAUCGUGCAUAUAAAAAAUGUCAUCCUUUUGGCUUUAUUUGGGGGUCUGUAAUGAUAUUCAAUGCUAAAAAAUCAACACUAGGUGAAAUUCUUAUUGAAAUUCCCCCAACAUUUUAUUACUUCAAUCACUCAUAAAGCACCUCCAAAACUUGAGUUUGAGCUCAUUUUUUCCAAUAGGAGUUACUAAAAGUGUCUAAAAGUAGCGGAAGAAAACAUUAGAAACUAUUGUACAGUAAAACAGUCUUUAUUUUCUCUGGAAAAUCAACAAAAAUAAAAAAAAAACCAUAUACAAUAUCAGUAAUGUUAUGCAAAAUUACCAUCUUAUCAACUAAAAAUAUCUUUACUUUUAGGAAAAAAGGUAGUUUUUAUCUGAAGGCCCAAACUAACGCACCUGCUAUAGGAUUUAUGAACGUUAUAUUUGAUUAUGUCAAGCGAAUUUUUAAUAUAUCUUGAAGAAACCUUGCGGUCACCCAAAAUAUUACAUCUUUAUACUUUGAAAAUAACAUUUCAGA